AUGAAGAUACUUUAUAGGAUGCCAUCAUUGGUGCUGCGCAGCCUUGCCAGACCGCCAAGGUUGCAGAAGCAGAUGGUGGUUUGGGUACAGAUCUGCACACAAGAGAGAAGAUAUAAGAGCACAGAAGCAAGACCCAGAGCAAAAAACUGGGAAAAGGGUGUCAUCGCAGCUGGGGCACUUAUAGGAUUGGGUGGCUUCUUGAUUUAUGAGGCACAGCAGAGAAAAGUUGCUCAAGCUGAUUCUGAGGAGCACCCUGUAGUGGAUUACGCUUUCCCCACAUAUACAAGAGAAGAUGUGAAGAAACACAAAGCACUGGCUGACAGGGUGUGGGUGACCUAUGCAGGAGAAGUGUUUGACAUCACAGAUUUUGUAGAGCUACAUCCCGGAGGAGACCGAAUCCUGCUGGCAGCUGGAGGAGCUUUAGAACCUUUCUGGGCUCUUUAUGGAGUGCACAAAAGUGAACAUGUUCUGGAAAUUCUGCAGGAGUACAAAGUGGGAGUACUUGGUUCAGAUGACAAGGAAGAGGUGCAAGACUUGUCUGACCCCUACUCUCAAGAUCCAUCUCGACAUCCAGUUCUUAAGAUCAACAGUGCAAAACCAUUUAAUGCUGAACCUCCUCCAGAAUUUCUCACUGAGAAUUAUAUCACUCCAAAUGAGCUCUUUUUCAAGAGGAACCAUUUACCUGUGCCUGACAUAAAUCCCGAUGAAUACCAGUUAACUGUAGAG